AUGUCAUUACUUUCAAUCUUAUCUUCACCUCAACAACCAACUGCAACUCAAACUCCAUCUACUCCAUCAUCACCAUCAUCAAAUAACAAUAACAAUAACAACAACAACAAUAACAACAAUAACAACAAUAAUAAUAAUAAUAACAACAACAACAAUCCAAGCACUCCAACUACUCCUAAUAUCCUCAACUCCAAUACCCAACUCAACUACACCUUCAAUUGCAACUCUAUCACUACUGGUACAGGUAACGAUGCAUCAGUAGUAGUGAUCACUCAAACUGCAUUUGCUCCCACUUCUACAUCAGAUGCUAAUACAUCCAAUUCAGACAAUCAUUCAUCAGCAAGUACAUCCAAAAUCAUUGCCAUCGCUAUCCCAUCAGCCAUUGGUGGAUUAGCAGCCAUCAUCAUCUUGAUCUUAGGCAUCCGAGCACUCUUACGUAGAUCUGCAGCAAGACGAGCCGCCGAUGAUAUUCGUUGGCCAGAGACGGUGACCUCAGAAGGAGAUCGAGCUGCACUUUAUCCUGAACCGACGCGUCCUUCUCCGGGUCAUGGAUUAGGUCUUGCCGAAGAAGAAGAAGAACAUCCGAGCCCCGAGAUGAAUAUGGCAGGUGCAGGUGCAGGUAGAUUGAGACCGGGUGCUAGUAUUGGUCCUACUCGUUCACAUUCUGCUACUACUACUGGACUUAGUGCUACUUCACACUUCCAACCAUACGAAUAUGGUAACACACCUGAUUACUUGUUACAUGGAAUCCCACCACCACCACCGCCACCAUCACAUUUACCUUCGACUCUAAUGCCGGCUUAUGGACUCAGUCCGAGUCAAGCACAAAAAGGUGUAGUGACUUAUCCACCUGAUUGGGCUCAAAACCAUCAUCGAAACGGAUUUGGAAGCGAACAUUCACCUGAGAUGAUGGCCCGAAGUAAUGGACCGACUCGAACGAGUUUAGUUUAUCCUAAUGAAUCAUACGCUAAUUGGGAACAACCAAGAGAUCAAGAUGAAGCUGAUUUAAAUCAUCAACCAUAUACUUCAUCACCUUCAUCACCUCCACAAGCUUAUUUAUUACCUCCUAUUAAUACGAGUAGUAAUCCUUCUAGAUCAACAUCUUCUCAUCGACAAACCUCAUCGAAUGGAGAAAGUGGAGACGUUCAAUCUGGUUUGAAUAAUUAUCAUCAGCGUCAAGUUGAGGGACCAAGAGAACUUCAGUAUGCUCCGUAUUCUCAUGGUGGGUAUGGUGGUGGAGAGAUCAAUGAAGAAUCGCAUCAGGUCUUGGAUCAUCAUCAUCAUGAACUUGAUCAUCAUCAUCAGGAUGACUCGGUUUCGAUUCAUUCGGAUCUUAAAGGUUCACCUGAAUGGAAAUUAGGGGUUAAUAAUCCAGAUACAGAUUAA